AUAAAAUAAAAUUCUAUCCCUCAAGAUGAGUUCGUUUGAUAACAUUCCAUUGAAUAGAAAGAAGAAAAAGAAAUCCAAAUCAAGCAUACCAGGCAAAUAUUUAGACAAAUAAUUAUUUUUAUACUGGGCAAAAAUUCCUCGAUAGUGACCAAAUUUUUAAGAAAAAGAGCAACCCAUUAGAAAGGAUUGGUGAUGUUAAAUCUCCGAUAAGAGUCUGAAAUUUUAAAUAAACAACAGGAUCAAGGAAUUAUGGCGAUCCCGAUUAUGAAAAACUUUAACAUAAUUACCAAGAAGAAAAAGAAGAAGUUUAAUAGUUUGAUUGACCUCUAAACAUAUCUGCUCCCUCUCCAAUACAUUUGGUAAAAGAUCAGGCUAAUAAUUCAAUUCAAUAUGGUCAAAACCUUGUUCAGGAAAAUUUAAAAUACUCAGCAAACUCCAAUUCCUUCCCGAGACAGAAAAGAAUUUCCAAAGCUGCAAAUUCAUCCCUCACGUUGAACCCCCAGAUGCGCUUGACAAACUCAGAUAGAAUCUGCAGCAUUGAAGUGAUUAACAAGUCUGUGGCUGAUUGCAAGAAGAAGCUUGAUAAAUAUCAAAAGGCAAAGAAAUUUAGACAAAAUCAGAAGUCUCAGAGUGUAGGCACUCAUUAUAAUUCAGGACGGAAUUCAGAUAGCACCCAAAGAUCUAACAUAAAGCCAAAGUGUCAUUUAUUUAAGGCCACAAAAGGCAUUAAUGCAUUUCCUAGAGGUAGUAGCUGCAAUAGCCCUCGAAUUGAGCAACCCUUCUUGUACAAUUUCUUUAAUGGUAAAGUUCCGACUCUUCGUGAGAAGCUAAAUUCUACUGUUCUACACUCAGAUUUGCAAAGGCAAUCUAUCUUCGAGCAGCAGUUUCAGCUAGAGAAUACAGAAUACUCAGACUUGUUCUCUAAUGAGAAGAUCAGUAACUUUUAUAAUAAGAAAUUACUUGAGGAUAUUUACAGGGGAGAUGAUGACAUUCUUUCAAAUGAACUUGAAGGAGGCUAUGAUUACGGAAAGACCAAGAAAAUUAGAAAGAAAGUUAAAAAGCUAAAGCAUACUCUGUCAGCGACUCUUGGUAGAAAGCCUGAACCAACAUGAAUGCAAAUAAAAUCUCUAGCUCCGAAGAUUCAUCAAAAUAUUAUUCAAAAACGGAAAAGUUUACUAAAAUCAAGGUGAAAGAACAAUGAAAGUAUGGUGAACAUUAACAUAAAUUCUUGACUUUUUAAACCUUUGAAAAAGGAUGCUUUUACUGAUAGUAUUCGCUUCCGUAAAAAGAAGAAAAAGAUAAAGAACCUAAAAUCUUGGAUUAGAAAAGAGAGACUUAAAGGAAAUAUUAAAAGCCUUGAGAAGGUCAGAAUUCUGAAUCUAACAUGUGCACAAGGUUUUCAGAGGAAGAACAUGAUGAUGAAUAAAAAUCCAGAGCCUUUCUAUACUCAUGAGAGCAUAUUUUAGGCAUAAUAGCAUGAAUUAUCGACAGAUAAUUCUGUAGAAACUGUAGUCACCAUUUGUAAUUCAAUUC